AAAGCUAGGGCAUAUGUAUGUAUCGUAAAGGUGUGGGGAAACGAAAGGUUUUCAGUCUCCUACCAGGUUCUUUGCUUCGUAGUGGAGUUUGCUAGCUAACGAACUUAAUUAGCCUGAGAACGUGUAGCUAGUUAGCUGGGCCAAGAUGGAAGAGUAUCAGUCUGUACUUUAGAUAACAUUCGCUAUCAGCUAACGUUAGCCACUUUGAAUCAACUAAGUCUACCGCCAACUUAGCAGACAUUGUCCUCGGAAGGGAGGAACGAUGCACUAUUACCGGUAUGAGGCUGCAGAGGUCAGCUGCUGUUUUAAGUACCUGAUGUUCAGCUACAACAUCAUCUUCUGGCUGGCCGGAGCUGCUUUCAUCGCUGCGGGUUUUUGGGCCUGGAGUGAGAAGGGGGUGCUGCUGGACCUGACCCAGGUGACGAGGCUGCACGGGUUCGACCCGGUGUGGCUGGUCCUGGCCGUGGGCUCGGUCACCUUCAUCCUGGGCUUCGCCGGCUGCGUGGGGGCCCUGCGGGAGAACAUCUGCCUGCUGAAGUUUUUCUCAGGAGUGAUCGGGUUCAUCUUCUUCCUGGAGCUGACGGCGGCCGUGCUGGCCUUCGUGUUCCAGGAUCCCCUGAGAGAGUGGAUCAAGGACUUCUUCCUCGCCAACGUCAAGGCUUACCGGGACGACAUCGACCUGCAGAACCUCAUAGACUCUCUGCAGAAACUGAACCAAUGCUGCGGAGCCAAGGAGCCCAACGACUGGGACAUGAACGUCUACUUCAACUGCUCCGAAUUUAACCCCAGCAGGGAGCGCUGUGGAGUGCCCUUCUCCUGCUGCCUCAAGGAUCCUGCGGACACGGUGGUGAACACGCAAUGCGGCUAUGACAUCAGGCUUAACAAGGGAGACUGGAGUGGCACUAUCUACACCAAGGGCUGCAUGCCGGCCUUGGAGGAGUGGCUCCCGCGCAACAUCUACAUCGUAGCCGGAGUCUUCAUCGUCAUAUCCCUGCUGCAGAUGAUGGGCAUCUUCCUGGCGCGGACGCUGAUCGGCGACAUCGAGAAAGUCAAGAUCAGCUAUUACUGACCCCGCCCGCCCACGGGGUCAGCGUCCGCUUCGGACUCUCACCACGACCUCUGCCCUCACCGGCCGGGCCCGGUCUGGAGAGCGGAACUCAGUACCAAAAUGACCUGCGCUGCCCCUCUGUGUGUGUCUGUCUCCUCUUUCUGUCUGUCUGUCAGCACGCCCCCAGCGGGACCACAGCUGGAGGGAGACCAGCGAGGGACGGGCCAAAAUCGUUUACAUCGCCGAAUCUCUCGGAGCCAGGCCGAUUUUAAUUCAAGCGCCGCAUUCACCUUCUAGUUUUUGUUGUUGUUUCAUACAUUUCUCUGGGGGGGGGGGGGGUUUAUACAAAGA